UUGGAUAUAGGUUAUAACCCAAAAUUAUCGGGUAUCCUACUAAAACUCAGGGACAUGCAAAUACCAUAAAAUAAUUAAUCACAUUCCGAACCAAACUCUGAUUUCUCCACUAAUAAUGGGCGAAGAGUAAUUUUGUACUCCUACUAAUACAAUUUUCCCCUAUUUUCUCUCCCUUCUUCACCCUCUUAUCUCGCUUGCUAGAGAGAAAAUUAAACUCUUAAAAUUUUAGUUUAUACAGUUUGAGCAAUUAUUUUCCAUUCCCAUCAAUGGAGAGUAACACUGUGCAACAAGGGAAGAUUUUUGUUGGUGGAAUAUCACUGGAGACAACUGAAGAGGAACUUACAAAGCACUUUUGUCGUUAUGGAGAAGUGGUAAAGUCACAAAUAAUCAAAUUUAGGGAGACAGGUUUUGGAAAAGGCUUUGGUUUUGUUACCUUUGCUGAUUCUUCUGUUCUUGAUCAACUUCUUCAAGACCAACAUAUCAUUCUUGGAAGAACGGUUGAUGUUAAAUUGGCAAUACCCAAAGGUGAAAGCCGCCAAUGCCAACGUUGUUCUGAAUGCCAACAAUUCCAAAGACAGAAUAGUGAAACUAGCAGAAUUAGCCACACGAGGAAGAUUUUUGUUGGUGGAUUGCCUGCUUGUUUAUCAGAGGAAGAAUUCAAAAAAUAUUUUGAGAGUUAUGGAAGAAUUGAAGAUGCAAAAAUUAUCCAUGAUAGAGGAACCAAUACGCCUAGGGGAUUUGGGUUUGUCACCUAUGAAUCAGAGGAAGCUGUAACAAAUGUGUUGCAAAACAGAUAUUACUUGUUGAAUAAUAAACGUGUUGAGGUUAAGAGAACAGAGCCAAGGGAAAGGAGAGUUAUGGAUACUUGUAAUUACAAUUUUUACCCUACAUACUCAGGCUAUGAAUUGUGGCCAAUUUAUGAUUCUUAUGGGAUUUACGCCCCUCAUUAUUGGUCCAAUCAUACUACGGGUACAAAUGUACCGGUCCCGCAGCCUAUACUGGUACCGGUACCAGUGCCGUAUUUUACGCCUAGACAUCCAGUCAACUGCUACGGCUCAAUGCAUAAUCAAGUGGCUAAUGAGAGGGUUUCUGGCGAGGUUUCAUCAAAUUCUGCUCAAAACUCAUGUGAUAGUGAUUAUUGGGGGUCUCACAACUCUGUUUCUCAUGAAGGGAAUGACCAAAAUCACAACAAUAUUGAGGUUCAACUUGUUGGAAACGAUUCAUCUCGAGAUCCUGAGAGUACAAAGCCACUGGAAAUAGAAGCAGACAAUGGUGAAAAAGACAAAAGUGUGAAAGAUUCACAGGUCAAUACCAAAGCAGAAAAUGGUGAAAAAGAUCAUAGUGUGAAAAAUUCACAGGUCAAUUACCUUGCAGACAAUGGUGAAAAAGACCAAUGUGUGAAAACUUCCCAGGUCAAUACAGAAGCAAAAAAUGGUGAAAAAGACCACAGCGAGAAAAUCUCCCAGGUCAAUGCUGAACAUGACACCUCAGAGGAAAUCAAUGGAGUUUCAAGGUGUAUUUGACCUAGUAAUUUACUUUAUAUAUGAUGCUGUACGUAACUUGCUGAACUUGACCAACUUUGGUCAUACAAAGACAACAUUUGGUAGAACUAAGAAAACUUGUUUGUGGUUAGUUUUAUCAAUUAGCCACAUUCACAUUUUUCUUCCAUUGCGUUCCAUUUUUAUCAUGUGACAGUUUCUUUCUCAUAUAGCAUAUGUAAUGUCAGUUUUGCUCCAAUUUAUGUUAGCUGCUCAAGUUUUAUUGGGUGGACUAUUAUUAAUAAUAACGAGUCACAA